GGCUAUACUACAUAAAUUGUUCCUCCCUCACGAUGCUCUAUUGUCGCUACCUGAAACCCAACUACACACACUACUGUGUGAGAGAGACAACGAUAAUUCAUAUAGGGAGUUAUAGAAACAGAUAAAGGGAAGUGAAGGAGGGCGACUGAUAAUUGGAGGAGAUGGUAUGUUCGGCUCGACUACUGGAUGCUUCAUAUCCCCUAACGCCGUCGGUUUCCUCUUAUACCCCGGCCGCGUAUCAUAACUCGAGAUACUUAUGUCGAAACCUAAAAUCUACUGUCAGAUGGCGAUCGAAGGCAUCGUCCGAUCCAGAUGCUUCUAUGUUUUCAGCUGCUGCUUCGAUUGAUGCUGAUUCAGCGGAAAAAAACGCGGCAGGGUUCUGUAUAAUCGAAGGACCUGAAACAGUCCAGGACUUUGAUAAAAUGGAUAUACAAGAAAUUCAAGAUAAUAUUAGAAGUCGUCGGAAUAAAAUAUUUUUACACAUGGAGGAGGUCCGCCGGCUAAGGAUACAACAGAGAAUAAAAAGUGCCGAACUUGGAAUCUCAGAUGAAGAACAAGAUGGCGAGCUUCCCAACUUUCCUUCCUUCAUCCCCUUCUUGCCUCCUCUGACCUCAGCAAAUCUCAAACAAUACUAUGCCAGCUGUUUUUCUCUAAUUUCUGGAAUUAUUAUUUUUGGAGGUCUCCUUGCACCUACAUUGGAGCUGAAAUUGGGAAUAGGAGGGACAUCAUAUGCAGAUUUCAUUUCUAGCAUGCAUCUUCCUAUGCAGUUGAGUGAUGUUGAUCCGAUUGUGGCAUCAUUCUCUGGAGGAGCAGUUGGUGUGAUUUCAGCUUUGAUGGUGGUUGAAAUAAACAAUGUAAAACAACAAGAGCAUAAAAGAUGCAAGUAUUGUCUAGGAACAGGGUAUCUGGCUUGUGCUAGGUGUGCUAGCACAGGGGCAAUUGUUCUGAUUGAUCCGGUUGCAUCUGCUAAUGGUGGAAAUCAACCGCUAUCGCCACCUAAAACAGAAAGAUGUUCCAACUGCUCGGGUGCAGGAAAAGUUAUGUGCCCAACUUGUCUUUGUACAGGAAUGGCUAUGGCGAGUGAGCAUGAUCCACGCAUUGACCCGUUUGAUUAAAAUCAAAUCAAAUCGUGCUUGUAACAUAGUAAUUUGAUAGUUCUUACUUUACAUAAGGCAGAUGAAAUCCUUCCUUGUGGUCAGUAGUUUGUAUUUGUGUUGUACAACUCUUUAAAUACAUUCUUGCAUGAGUUUUAUACUUUAUUAUAUAUAUACGACUGUUGUAUUUUUAUUUUGAA